AUGACGGAAGUGGUCACUGAUUGCUACAAUACCAGGUUCUACAAUCCUCUUGCACAAGUAUAUAAGUUCCGUAGUCUAUGGGCUGGAGCGUCCAAAGUAAUUUUGCCUGGUCCCUGGGCGCGGGAGGUUUUAAUUACCCCAAAAGCGGGAAAAAAAAACACUAACCCUCAUGUGUAUGCAAAGGGCUCGGACAAGUUACAAGGAAAUUAUCCCCAAAGGCUGUUUGGAUUUUUUAUCGGGCUUGAAAGUUGUAAACCCAAAAGGGACUAUGAUCAGGGCGGGGAUUUGCAAAAACCCUUCCAAGGCUUUGGGAACCGAAAGUCAAAAACAGACAUUUUUGGACCCUGGGUUAUUGCCAAAAAUACGUUUAGGUUAAAAGAAAAGUUCUGGGGAACUACAGGGGCAAAAAAGUACAGUCAUUCUUUGUCACAUACCUUCACUCUUACCCCAGGUGGAUUAUUAACACAAUCGUUUGAUAUCGACUUUGAGUUCUACUCGACCUACGACGUCUGGACAGGCAUCCGCACAGCCAUCACACUCGCCCUCUUCUUCAUCUUCAGCGUGACUAUCAUACUUUACAAGAGCAAAUGCAAACCCCGUCGGAAGUAUGAGUUAUACCCGAGCCUCGAGGAUAUGCCCGGGAGGCCUCUGGAUUAUUACGACUAUUGGUAUAACAGCCCGGCCAGUAACGACACCAACCAAAAGGUUAAUGGCGUGGACAUGUUAGGAAGAUGUUACGACAACGGCCGAGGGGAGACCGGGUCAGCGCCCUUGCCUAAGAGGUCAAUAGGGUCUUACUCAAGCCUUAACAAUUCCUUCAGGGUCAAGAGCCUCCCCGGCAGCGUCAUGAGGAUCAACUGGUCCAGAAUGAGUUCCUCCGAACGGGACGACGUCUCUCAGACUCAUUCGUGUCGGUCGGAGUUCCUGCGAGUGCCUGGCGUGCGCCUUCAGUCUACGGGGUCCAGCAGUGAUGGCUACAGUGCUUCUUCCUCCACGCACGACCUGCCCGCUGAAAUUAACUCGGUGGCUCUGUUGGGUGUCCCUGGGGUUCCUCCGCGAACAGGCAAGCCUCUACUGCAGCUCGGGGGAAUGGACUGGGACAGCGAUCAUGCAACGGCAGAAUGGAUUCAAACUAUUGAUAUUAAUGUUAUUCAGCCUACUCCAAAUAUAUCACCGUGUGGCUCAGUUCGCAGCGUUUCUGACAAUUCAGAACUGUCGCGGCUGCCACUGCCCGGGCGCGGCCGAGUGCAGUCGAUCUUGUCUUUAGAUUCCCCGGACUUUGAUAGUCGUUCCAUUGGGUCAGAUUCUGUGUUUAUGGAAGAUUCUGUGGGUGAAACAUGUAGCAGUUUCUCAGAGAGCAUGGAGAGUGGAACCUCGUUUAUGGGGCGGUCACCUUCACCAAGGAACCAGCGGGUGGUUCAGUCAUAUAGACUAGGCAUCAAUCCAUCUGGUCCUGCAUCACCUUCUGGAACUUACAAAUCUCCUGUCCGAGCUCCAACCCUUGGUAACCUGCAUAAACCUAAAGACCAACGAAGUCGCCAAAAAAUGCUUCAACGACAGCGCUGUGAAGAUCAGGAUAAUCCACUUCCUGGUAUUAUGCUGUCAGCACCCACAAUGGAGUCAUUGGUGUUGCCUUCAAUAAGCAGCCAUUUGAGUGCUUCUUGUGAAAAAUUGGCUGUUCAUUCAGUAAUAACAUCGGAGAGUGACUUAGCCAACAGUCACACAUCCCUCGCCCCAACCAGUAGUGUAGAAGAGCCAAUGUGUGCAGUUUUCACGGUGCCAUCACUUCGGAGAACUAACUCAGCAACUACACCUCAGAUGAAAGAGGAGGCAGCAUGUGGUUUUAAGAGGGCUGAUAGUGAACAGAAUCCUGUGCAGAGAGCAGACAGUUCUGCAUCACAUCAAAGACGAUCUAGUGAAUCUUCUACUGGUUCUGACGCCAGUGAAUCAGUAUCAUUCCAUUUGAUGGUACCAGAAUUAAGCAUAGAUAAUCCCAGUAAUGAUACAAGCCCAUCUGGGUCUCCCCACAGUUCUCCUUCAGCCUCCCCAGUUCCAGUGCGAGCUGCUACGCAGAAGCUUCCUCCACGGCCCCCUGAGCCUACUCCACCACCCAUUAAGGCAGGAUCUUCACGGCCAGCAACACGUAAUGAACGGCGAGUCCUCAGGCGCCAGUACAGUACACACGGUCCUGCAAGUCCCACACUCAUGCGUGAUGAGCAAGGUGGACAUCAUUCCUGCCGACGUAUAUGGAAAACUGAUACUGAUGAUCCAAAUCAACCUCCAGCACCCCAGCCCCAUAUCCUCUUGCUCAUCUCUGUCACGGGAGACUCAGCCUCUCCUCAGUCAUUAGCAUCUCCUUUAUCACCAUCCACUUGCACACAGACUUCAGCGAGAUGGUCUGGUUCAUCACAUCCUAGAUUCACCUGGCUCCCCGCGACUGCUAGGCAAUCGUCUUCUCCGUGA